AUGACCAAUAAUACGGAUUUCUUAGGUCGGGCGAUCGAUGCCGUGAAAAAGGCCAUCGAGCUCGACAAUGGGGGCGAGUACGAGAAGGCGUAUCAAGGCUACUACUCCGCACUGGAGCUGUUCAUGCUGGCCUUGAAAUGGGAGAAAAACCCUAGGUCCAAGGAGAUGAUUCGCGCAAAGACGGCCGAGUAUAUGGAUCGAGCAGAGAAACUUAAAAACCACCUGGCUCAGAGUGAAGACAAAAAGAAACCGAGCGCUAUAGGCGCCAACGGCAAGGUGGCGCAAGGAAGUGGGAAGGGAAAGGAGGACGACGAUAAUGAAGAUGCCGAUGCGAAGAAGUUACGAUCGGCCCUCGCUGGCGCUAUCUUGUCGGACAAACCGAACGUGAAAUGGGAGGAUGUUGCAGGUCUCGAAAGCGCCAAGGAGGCUUUAAAGGAGGCUGUUAUCUUGCCUAUCAAGUUUCCGCACCUAUUCACUGGGAAACGGCAGCCUUGGAAGGGUAUUCUGCUAUACGGACCUCCGGGUACCGGAAAGUCAUAUCUGGCAAAAGCCGUGGCGACGGAAGCAAACAGCACGUUCUUCAGUGUCAGUAGCAGUGACUUGGUUUCUAAAUGGAUGGGUGAGAGUGAAAGACUUGUCAAGCAGCUCUUCAACAUGGCCCGCGAAAACAAGCCAGCGAUCAUCUUCAUUGACGAGGUAGAUGCCCUUUGUGGACCCCGCGGUGAAGGAGAAUCAGAGGCAUCUCGCCGUAUCAAGACCGAACUUCUUGUACAAAUGGACGGUGUCGGCAAAGAUUCGCGAGGAGUGCUGAUCUUAGGCGCUACAAACAUUCCUUGGCAGCUAGACGCAGCGAUUCGACGCAGAUUCCAGCGAAGAGUACACAUCAGUCUUCCCGAUAUUAACGCCCGGAUGAAGAUGUUCAUGCUCGCCGUCGGCCAAACGCCGUGCCAAAUGACGCAGGCCGACUACCGGACCUUGGCCGAGAUGAGCGAGGGCUAUUCUGGUAGCGAUAUCAGCAUCGCUGUCCAAGAUGCACUUAUGCAGCCCAUUCGUAAAAUCCAGACAGCGACACAUUACAAGAAGGUUAUGGUCGAUGGCGCAGAGAAAUUGACUCCGUGCUCGCCCGGCGAUAGCGGUGCGAUGGAGAUGUCAUGGGUGAACAUUGAAGCCGACCAACUCCUUGAGCCACCCCUUAUGUUGAAGGACUUUAUCAAAGCUGUGCGCAAUUCAAGACCAACAGUCAGCCAGGAAGAUCUCCAAAAGAACGCGGAAUGGACCAAAGAAUUCGGCAGUGAGGGAGCUUGA